CUUUUCUCUCUCUCUCUCUCUCUCUCUCUCUCGUCUUUCCUGUCGUCCUCUUCAUCUUAUCUCUAUAAUCAUCAACUACUACCAAUCAACUGUUAGUAAUCUCCAAAAUCAUCAAAGACAAUUUCACGAUCUAAGAGAUCGAUCCCGUUCGUGAUCAUCUUCAAUUUUAGCAAUGAUCGUCGGAGACCUAAAAUGUUCGAUUGGGGAUCGACGUAGUAUUCACGUCUUAUUAAAAAUCGAUCUCCAUUGAAGAUCGAACUCAAACAUAUAUGAUAAAGAUCGACGGAAAUUGUCCUAAAUAUACGUACUGUACGUAUCGUCUUCCUCGCGUCCAACCGCCUCCAUCUCCUCCGAUCAACGCCAUUCCCCCUCUACAUUCAAACCAGAGGAUGAUUACAGGUUCACCGUCUUCCAAACUAACCUCCGCCUCGCAGAGUGUCACCAGAAGCUUGAUCCGUCGGCGGUCCAUGGCGUCACUCGAUUCUCCUACAUGACUCCAUCGGAAUUCAAUAAAGCCUCCUUCUUCUCCAGAAGAGCGCCAUUUUUGAGAAGUGUAAUCAAAGGACAAGGGCGUUGGGGUGUUUCUCAUGCUUGUCCUCCAACAGAAUCCAGACCUGGACAUGUUGCAAUCAUAGCAGGUUUUUAUGAGGAUCCUAGUGUUGUCACAAAAGGAUGGAAGGCAAACCCUGUGGAAUUCGAUUCAGUUUUCAACAAGAAUUUGGAAGAAAUUGUGGUGAAUAUUGAAGAGGUGAAAAAUGAUAAAUUGAAGAAAAUAUGGAAAUAUUGAUACGAAUACAUGAAAACGCUUUGAAAUUUUGUAGCAU